AUCUUUCUUUUUUUUGUGUGGGCACCUGAAGUCAUGGCUGGAACUGGGAAUUCGAUGCUAUACUCAUUUCUUCUAUUCAUCGCGACACUCUCUCUGCAGGAAGUGUAUAGAGGAAAGUUAGCAUCUUCAGAAUUGUAUACCAUCCUCGGAGGAUUCACUAGUUCUCUCAUAUUCAUGUUUUUGUUAACGUUCAUCGGAAACUAUCAAGAAACAUGUGGUGUAAGGACUGGAUGGGGUUCUGUUAUACUUGCUGAGGUAGUUGCUCUUAUUGCUGCUGGCACUGUUCAUCGAGUUAGCAUCACGACAUGCUUCUUGUUCUCAGCCGCAUUGCUCUAUGAGGUCAACAAGCUCUCAGGAGUGAUGGUUUCUAGAAGUGAAUCUAGAGGCAAAAGGUACUAAUGUACGUUUUGGCCUCCUAGACCAGGAUGAUUAGAACCAUUUGCUUACCUUUGUACUUUUCAUAGUAAUGUUAUGGAGAGGUGAAGCAAAUUUUACGAGAACUUGCAGAAUGAUAUUUUAAACGAAAUCAUGAGCGAUUUAUAUGACUGCAUUCUUGGCCAUUUGUAGGUUUACUUGACUCGAGUAUUUUGAUAGAUUUAUUGAGCAACUUAAAGUUACAUGUUA